AUGCACAAAACUCUAACUAUUAUUAUUAUUAUUUCCAUGCGCGGCGUACAGCGAGAAAGGGAAAUCUAUAGCCUCAACAAACAAAGGAACACAAAAGUUUUUUUUAAAAAAAAAGAAAAGAAAGAAGGGUUGAAUAAAAAGGCAGAAACGGAGAGACAGAAACAUGUUGGAUCACACAAUUGCUAUUGGUGCCGCUCUCUUUGCCCUCGCGCUGGUUUAUUUUGUAUUCCGCAGCAUUGCCAGAACUGA